AUGGUAGGUGUCCCGAGGAGCACUGGAUGCCGACUUUGCAGAACCAGGAAGGUCAAAUGUGAUACCCUCAAGCCGUCCUGCGGCAACUGCAUCAAAUAUGGAGCAGAGUGUCCAGGCUAUUCUCGUGGCCUGAAGUUUGUCGAUGAGAAGCAUCAGAUUCGACAACGCGGCAGGCGACAGGGCAAAAGCGAACAAGUGUCGACCAGUUCCUCUUCCAGCACAACGGGCUCUGAUAUCGCUAUAUCAGACUCAGAAACAUGGUCUCUCGUUAGGCCCUCGCCAACCCUGCUGAGGCUGGAGUUACCAAGAGGGCCACUGCUACUCAACAUGAUAGAGUCGUCCACUAACUACACUCGGUCCACCGAUGUCUUUAUACUCUUAUCAUGGUUGAACAUUGAUCGUCUAGGAAAGCGGGCUCUGCUCGACGGGGCUAUUUGUUCUUUUGCUCUACAUCUGACUGGCAAAGCAAACUCCAAUGCCGACCUGGUCGCCAAAAGCAGAACCAUAUAUGGCUUGGCACUCACUGAGUUGCAGGCCGCUCUGCAACACUCCACAGAGUGGAAGGCAUCUGAGACCUUAUGCGCUGCUAUACUCUUGUGUUACUUUGAGCUGUUUGCUGGGACAGCAGUCCCAGAUACUUGGAUCCAACAUGCCAAAGGCAUUGGAACUCUAAUGGAGCAGCGAGGGCCAGCAGCUCAUGCUGAAGGCUGGGACGCAGCUAUGCUCCUCUCAUGCCGUGGUAUUCUUGUAUGUCCCACGUUUCUCCUUGACUACUGCAACAAGGCAAAGGAUAAGGAACUCGCAUUAUCUCCAGGUCAAGUGACAGAGCUUUGCGAAUGUCUUCCAACUAUAAGCGAUAUGUUCUAUCCCGGAAAGGACCAAUUGUUCCUGUCGAGGCCAGCAUGGAGGCAUGUCACGUCUGAUGGCGGUAGACGUCUCAUCUAUGCUCCUGACGCCCCGAUUGAGCACAUCCGCGUCGGUGAUGGCUUCCUUGCAAACCUGGCCCAGCUCACGCCUAUUUUGCAUGGGGCUUAUCUUCUGAGAGAAGCUAACAAGGCUGGCAUGUUUGUUGAGCCUGACAAAAUCUCCGCCUUGGCCCACCUAGCCACCGUGGAACAUGCCAGAUUCGCGCGAUGGUUCGACGAUUUCGACGUGCUUGAGUUUCCAAGACCGGUCGAGGUUCUGCCAACCGACCCGGCGAAUUCGUUGUUCGGGACAGUGCUGGAACACAAGUCGGCAGCAGCCGGGUCCUUACUCUUGGGGUACUGGGCAAGUAUGCUCAUCCUAGAAGAGACACUGGUCGAGUGCGGGACACCGCGAGCUAACUCGGAGAUAUCCAUCCGGUACUUCGUGGAACGGAUAUUGCGGUCGGUAGAAUCUGUGGGACGAGGCACCAUGGGGCCAUAUCGAAUUGGGUUCGCCAUACGGAUCGUGUAUGAGUUCGCUACCGGGCAAGAACAGAGGUGGAUUGCCAGCAUGUUGGAUAAGUUCUCACAAGGGUAUGCUGCAAUUGACAAGAAGACAUACCCUAAGCCUAAGGACGAUGAUGCUCAGCCAACGCGGUUUGUUCAGUCUACAGCUUAG